UCAUUACUUGAAAACACAAAGGAAAUACACCCCCAAACUACUUUCUUUCAAAAAUAUUUCAGCUAUCUUGGUUUCAAAUCAUAACCAUGUCUGCUGCCACCCCACCAUCGUCUUCAUCCCCUGCAUUAGAUACUUUCAGAGAUAUAAUUCUAUGGAGGAGAAAGAAAGUGAGUGCAACAGUUGUUCUGGUUUCAACAGCAACAUGGAUAUUGCUUCAAGUAUAUCAGUUCAACUUCAUCACUGUCGCUUCAUGGCUCAUCAUCUUCAUCCUUGCUUCACUUUUCCUUUGGGGAAAUGUUCUCAGGCUUCUCGGCAAAGAACCACCAAAUGUGUCGGAUUUCGAUAUCUCGGAACAGACAACCAUGGAGAUUACCAACACAUAUCGAACAUUUUUGGAAGAUGUAUUGAGAUGGAUGUUUCAUGUGACUGUUGAGGAGAACUGGUUUGUGUUUGCAAGAACACUGGCGGGGCUUUCGAUACUAUCCUACGUUGGAGCCUUCUUUGAUUUCCUAACACUUGUUUACAUAGGUAUAACGAUGGUGAUGAUAGUGCCAGUGAUAUAUAUGAAGUAUGGGGACCAAAUACAGAGGAGUGGGGAGAGGGUGAAGGGUGAAAUGGGAAGAUUUUAUGAGAUAUUUGAUGAGAAAGUGGUGAGGCAGAGGAUGAGUAAAUUUGGGAAACAAGAAAAAGAGAAGAAAAAUGAUUAGAGGAUAAUGUAUAAUUUUUGUUUUAAUGUUUUUCUUAGCUCAAAUUAAUUAUUAAUUAGAAGAUUAAAUAAUGCGAUGUAUUGUGUUGAUUGUUAUUAACUUUGGAAAAAAUAAACCAAAUCAUUAGGAAGUAA